AUGUUCAUGAGCACGCCCAUCAGCUUGAACCCGGCACCUUCACGCCGUCCUCUAGGCGCGCCAGGGGUACCCAUCCACCUCCUCGCCUCAACACAUCACAACUCCCAACUCAGACUCUUCUCCUCAACCACCACCCGCCGCAACGACGACUCCUUCGACGAUAGCAAGGCUAGCAACAACAACAAAGAAAACAAGACACAAACCCCCAAAUCAUCCCUAACACACAUCUCCCCCACAGGCUCAGCCCACAUGAUCUCCAUCGCCACCAAACCCCCCACAGCCCGCAUCGCCAAAGCAGCCUGCACAAUAACCUUCUCCUCCCCCUCCCCCAUCAACCUCAUCCGCGCCUCCCAGAUGAAAAAGGGCGACGUCCUCGGCACAGCGCGCAUCGCAGGCAUCAUGGCCGCCAAGCGCACCCCCGACAUCAUCCCGCUGUGCCACCCGAUCCUGCUCUCCCAUAUCAGCGUCGAGGUCGAGCCGGCUAGCAACGCCGAAAAUGAGACGGUGAUUUGUGUCGAGGCGACGGUCGAGUGUGAGGGCAAGACGGGGGUCGAGAUGGAGGCUUUGACGGCUGCUGGGGCGGCGGCGUUGACGGUGUAUGAUAUGUGUAAGGCUGUUGAUAAGGGGAUGGUUAUUGGCGGGUUGAGAGUUGUGUUGAAGGAUGGAGGGAAGAGUGGGCGGUGGGAGAUGCCUUGA